CUUUUUUUGCCGCACCAGUUUCAGGGCGUAGGCGCCCAUUCUUGGACGCGCAUUAUAAAGAGCCGCACGCGUGCAAAAAGCGACGCGGGAGCCAGCGCGCCCCCGUCCCCGACGCGCUAAAGAACGCUCCCGGGUCCCUGCUCAAAAAAAAAAACGCGCUCUGUUCACAAGCCCGCGGUUCCGCGCGCGGCGUUCACAAGCGCCGCGUCGUGCUCAAAGACUACGCCGACAGCGCCGCGCGCCACAAAAGAGGCCGCGCCCCAUAGAUGCGCCGCGGCGCCGCGCUCACCGAGAACAGCCCCCCCCGCCGCGCAAGUUCUGCAAAGAUGGUGCGCCGCGGCACGCCCGGGAACCCCGCCGACGCCGGCGCGCUGGUCGUCGAGGAGUUCGCCUACAGCCACGCGCAGCGCGCGUACCAGGCCGAGGUCGGCAAUCGGGCGCCCGAACUGAUCCCAAGAAAACCGAAACCCGGCGAGCCCGCGCCGACGCCCGGCGAGCGCGGCGAGGUCUUUUAUAAAGAUGCCACGCCCAAGGCCGACCACUUCAUGCAGUUCCGCGUGCGGCUGCCCCGAGCGUUGCGGGCCACAGUGUCAAGCGACGUCGUCCUGGACCUGACGCUGUGCUUCGCGCCGAACCACGACACGGACGAGUACGUCGUCGUCGCGGACCAGUCGCAUUUGAGGAAAUGCGAUGCUCCCAGGGGCGAGCCGCGAGGAGCGAGGGAGAACCUGCUCGGCGCGAUUUUGAGAUUUCGCGUCGAGCUCGGGUCCUACCGCCAGGGCGACAAGCGCUUCGUCAUCAAGGCGUCGCUCUCAGACGAGGAGGCCCGGAAGCACGGCCUGCCCGCGCUUCAAUCGGCCUACACGACUCCUGUGUACGUGGCGUCCAAAGUAAAACGGUCGCGCAUGGCCGCGCACCGCCAGCAGCAGCAGCAGCACGACGACGACGACGCGUCCGUGAGUCCCAUGCCGCCCGCGCGGCGCCAGCGCGUGGGCCACCCGGCGGCGCCGCGCAUGCCGUCGCUGACGGCCGUGGACCUGUCGCAGCUCCAGGCGCGGCUCGACGGCCUCGAGGAGCUGCUCGUCGAGCGCGUGCUGCCCAUCCUGGAUCGGCUCGACGACCGCCUCGCGGCAACGGCGCCGAACAAUGACGAGGAGCUGCCGGCGUCGCAGGACUCCCUCGCGGAGCUCGUCCGCGCGCCGACGUGGUCCGACGCCGUCGCGGCCAUGGGCCGGGGCAUGGGCGAGGCCAAGGACGCGUUGCUGUCCUUCUCGCUGUCGCAGGACUCCCAGGACGGGCCGCCGCCGCCGCCGCCGGCGCAGGAGUAAGUGGUGGCGUUUCGUGUUCAA